CGAUAAGGCAGCCCUGCCCGUUCAACUAACUACAUAUCAGACAGUGCUUGUUGGGCAUUAGUCAGUCCGACAACACAAUACAGCGCUGCAUACUGUACAUACUGUGUGGAGGAGCGGACAACUGGGUGAGGAGAAUCAUGUGGCUGCCCAUGCUUGGAAUGACUGCCCUGCCACACCUGGGGGGGCUCUAUGGCGGUUACAUCACACGCAAAGAGGUGAAGACCUGGUACCCCACCCUGCAGAAACCAUCAUGGCGUCCACCAAAUGCAGCAUUCCCUAUAGUUUGGACCUGUCUGUACACAGGAAUGGGGUAUGGCUCCUACCUGGUGUGGAAAGAGCUGGGAGGUUUCACUGAGAAUGCACUGGUUCCACUGGGACUUUAUGGGCUGCAGCUAGCUCUGAACUGGGCCUGGACUCCAAUCUUCUUUGGUGCACACAAGCUGAAAUUGGCACUCAUGGAAAUUGUGCUUCUCACUGGGACUGUCGGAGCCACCAUGGUGUCUUGGUAUCCCGUCAGCCGCACUGCCACACUGCUGAUGGCUCCCUACCUGACCUGGCUGUGCAUCGCCACAUCACUCAACUACUGCAUAUGGAGAGACAACCGUGAGACGAAAGAAGAGUAGGAGACUGAUAAGUGUUGCAAUAGUAUGUCUAGCAGACUUGUUUGUUUGUUUACAGUCGUCUGCAGCAGUAAAGACAUUAAAGAAGGAAAAGACAACCUGCCUCUGAUCAAUCUUUUUCAUCAUUUUGUUUCCCAAAUUCAAUAGAUCCCUAGUUAAUUCAUUCAAAGCUCUUACACAUUUGCCAGUAUAUCAUCAGUUUUUCAAUAUCCAUAUUGUACACAAAAAGCAAUAUUGAUCAGGUUACAUGUUUAAAACGAAGUGAAUGAAAAAACCUUGUCUUAUCGAUUUAUAAAUUAAAUUAUUGGUGUGUUUUGAAGGAAGCAUGAAACUGCAUUUAUUUGCUUUUUUAAAAAUAAAGAAUAUCUCAUU